AGUUAUACUGUCAUUUUAAUCCAACAGAAAUUGUCAAAAUCGUUCAAAUUUUAGUAACAUCUAAUAUUUCUCUAAAAUUAUUUUUCAAUUCUAAAUAUGAAGAACAAAUUAUAGUGUAUCAAAUUAUAGUAAUUUUAAAGUGCAAAAGUGGUAUAAAAAUUCUGAGGUGCUCUAUUACAGUUCAGAUCAGAAAUAUGGUGUUCGUUACGAAAUAUGACGAGGACGUCCUCAAGAAUAUAAAUAAUUCGAUGGCUCAAAAUGUGUUGCCAUUCCAACUCCAAGCUUUGGAUAAAAAAAAUCAUUUGGACCAUUUGUGUGCCCUUGAUAUCAAUUCUAGAGCCUCGUUUAUCCGUCUUUCUGGAAUAAUAUGUACCAUUGGACCCGCUUCAAGAGACCCAGAGGUCUUGGUCGAAAUGAUGGAAUCUGGUAUGAACUGUGCCCGUUUGAACUUCUCUCACGGUUCUCAUGAAUAUCACGCUGAAACCAUCGCCAACAUCAGAAAGGCCGUCGAGAUGUACAGCAAGAAAAUCGGCAUGCCCUACCCAUUGGCCAUUGCCCUAGACACCAAAGGUCCUGAAAUUCGUACUGGACUUUUAGAAGGGGGUGGCUCUGCUGAAGUCGAACUAGUAAAAGGACAAACAAUCAAAUUGACCACAGACAAAGCUUAUGAAUCCAAAGGCACAAAAGACUGCAUCUACGUCGACUACGACAACAUCCAGAAAGUAGUCAAACCGGGAAAUCGUGUUUACGUUGAUGAUGGUCUAAUUUCUCUAGUAGUAGACAGUAUUCAAGGAUCUUUCCUCACUUGCACAGUUGAAAAUGGUGGUGUUCUCGGUAGUCGCAAAGGUAUGACCAAUUUGGAUGAAAUCAUAGAAGCUUCCGACGGUAUCAUGGUAGCUCGUGGUGAUCUUGGUAUCGAAAUUCCAACCGAAAAAGUAUUCAUCGCCCAGAAGGCCAUGAUUGCGCGCUGCAACAAGGCCGGCAAACCCGUCAUCUGUGCCACCCAGAUGUUGGAAUCUAUGACCAAAAAACCAAGACCUACUCGUGCCGAGAGCUCAGACGUUGCUAAUGCCGUUAUCGACGGUGCUGACUGUGUGAUGUUGUCAGGAGAGACCGCCAAAGGAGACUAUCCCUUGGAAAUUCCUGCUCCAUUGGAUAUGGCACAAGCUAUCGCUAUUUCCGCUGUUGAAUCUGCCAAUAAAACGUUGGCAGCUGCCAUAGUUGUAAUAACUACAUCAGGAAAAUCAGCUCAUCUGAUAGCCAAAUUCAAGCCUAGGUGCCCUAUUAUCGCUGUUACGCGUAUUCCACAAACAGCACGACAAUGCCAAAUGUACAGAGCCAUUCUACCUUUGAUCUACGAAGCUGACCGUCAAGAAGAUUGGCUCAAGGACGUAGACGCCAGAUUACACUAUGGUAUCACAUUCGGCAAAUCCCGAGGAUUCGUCAGGACUGGCGAUCCAGUUGUCGUAGUAACAGGAUGGAAACAGGGAUCUGGUUACACCAACACUCUUAGAAUUAUCUACGUAUCCGAUGAAGUCGAAUCCAUAUGCCUUGGCACAUGUGCAAAGUAAACGUCUAGAAGUUAAGUCAAUAUCAGUGUUAUCUUCGAAGGUCUAAAUAUUUUCUGGAACGUUGUUGCCAACAACCAACAACUUGUAGAAUAACAUCAGUCAGAAUUCCUUAAUUACGUCUAUUUUAAUUUAUUUUUAGUUGCCUUAGUACUAGUUCACAUCAUUAAAUGAAUUUUUCCAAAUAAAACACCAACACACAUUACUAACAGGUGUCUAAAUUACAAAACAUUUUUUGGCAAUUUGUUUUGUUUUUCUCUAAAAACUUCAGGUCUGGCUAUUUAUUUUGUGAUUGUUAUUUAUGAAUGUAUUAUACGUGUUGUAAAAUAAACAGACUUCAAAAUUAUAUCCAAAUAAAGUAGUAUUAAACUGUU